CCCCCAGGCCCCAGAUCGCCCCCAAAUUCCAAACUCGCCUCGCCGCUCCUCCUCGCCAGGCCUCCGGCCCGCUCCGCUGCUCCAGCCAUGGCGAUCGCCACCGAGACGCACGGCAGCGAGGACAAGGCUUCAGCCCAUGCAAAUGAGGAGAAGAGGUGGGUCAUGUCUGAUUUUGAAGUUGGCAAACCACUUGGGAGGGGCAAGUUCGGCCAUGUCUAUUUGGCUAGAGAAAAGAGGAGCAAUCAGAUUGUGGCUCUGAAAGUUCUUUUCAAGAGCCAACUCAAACAAUCUCAAGUGGAACAUCAGCUGCGCCGUGAAGUGGAGAUUCAGAGUCAUCUUCGUCAUCCCAAUAUUCUUCGCUUGUACGGAUACUUUUAUGAUCAGACUCGUGUUUACCUGAUCUUGGAAUAUGCUGCCAAGGGAGAACUCUACAAGGAGUUGACAAGAUGCAAACAUUUUUCUGAGAGACGAUCAGCCACCUACAUUGCAUCACUCGCAAGAGCUCUGAUCUACCUUCAUGGGAAGCAUGUCAUCCAUAGGGACAUUAAACCGGAGAAUCUUUUGAUUGGAGCGCAGGGCGAGCUUAAAAUUGCAGACUUUGGCUGGUCUGUCCACACCUUCAACCGAAGGCGGACAAUGUGUGGAACUCUAGAUUACCUGCCACCUGAAAUGGUUGAGAAAACAGAGCAUGAUUACCACGUUGACAUCUGGAGCUUGGGUAUAUUAUGCUAUGAGUUUCUUUACGGGGUUCCGCCUUUUGAAGCGAAAGAGCAUUCAGAGACAUACCGAAGGAUAGUGAAAGUCGACCUCAAGUUCCCAUUGAAACCAUUCGUUUCACCUGCUGCAAAGGACCUCAUUUCACAGAUGCUGGUAAAGAACUCAGCGCACCGGCUCCCUCUUCACAAAGUUCUUGAGCACCCGUGGAUUGUCCAGAAUGCCGAUCCCUCCGGCGUGUACAGAGGGUAGAACACCUUCGGAUCACUGCUGCACCCUCCACUCUCCCCAAUUCGAGGGGAGUGGGAUUCUUUACUUGUUUGUGUUAUGGCUUCGGCCCUGCCUUCUAUGGCCCUAGCUUUCCCAGCCAACCCCGAGUUGUAGACAUCUUGUAGUGCUGUGUAGCUCAACGGAAAUUCCAAGCAAUGUGGAUUAGAGUGUGUAUGUGUCAUAGGGCCGUGAUCUCAUCCGUCAAAUGCCCUGUACUAUUCUAGCAUUCCCUGUUGAACAAUCUUCUUACUCGUCUAUAUGAAUAUCGGUUCUGAAAAUUUAACAUC